CUCUACCCAGUGCGAUUUUGCCUGCAAGAGGGAGAGAGGUGGUGGAUUGACCAAAUCCAUAUACUAUCCAUGGCAUCUUGAUACGGACACUUACUAAAAAUGUCGUGGCGGAACGUACCACCGAGAAAGCUGAUCACGGCCACUCUCUCGGUGUGCGCAUUUCUAUUCUUGAUCCAUUUCGUGACCCAGGGACCCAGAACUCCCACCCAGAUCCAGCACAAGUUCGCGUCAAGGGGACUGGCUCAACCUGAACGACAAAAUACCGUCAAACGUGAGUUUCUCCAUGCGUGGACAGGAUAUCAAGACCACGCCUGGAUGGCGGAUGGCCUCUUGCCCUUGUCCGGUGGUAAGAAGCAUCAAUUUUGCGGGUGGUCCGCCACUCUCGUCGACGCGCUGGACAGCUUGAUCAUCCUGGGACUGGACGAGGAGUUCGACGAAGCACUGAAUGCGACCCUGACCAUCGACUUCGCCGAGAGCGUGGAGAAUUGCGACGUCAACCUCUUUGAAUCCACCAUUCGAUACCUGGGUGGCUUGAUGGCGGCAUACGACCUAAGCAACGACGCCAGGAUCCUCCCCAAGCUGAUCGAACUGGGCGACAUGUUACAUUCGGCCUUCGACACGCCCAACGGCAUGCCCUGUACGAUGUGCAAGUUGGCGACAAAGGGCGCCGUCGUCGAAUCGUCCGAGAACGCCGCCCUGGCCGACAUUGGUAGUCUCUACUUGGAAUUCGCCCGACUGUCCCAGGUGACGGGGGACGACAAGUACAUGCGCACGGUCGACAGGUUGAGUGACGUGUUUGCCCGGUCGCAAAACGACUCGUCCAUCCCGGGCUUGUGGCCGGAGAACCUCGGUCCGCGCCUCGUCGACGGACCGCAGGGGUACGACUUUGCCAGGAAGAGCUCGCGGUACGGCCUCGGUGCCAUGUCGGACUCUGCGUACGAAUACCUCGUCAAGGCGCACCUGCUCGUGGGCGAGACACGGAGCGUGUACCGGACGAUGUGGGAUCUGGCGUCACGACAGAUCAAACGGUACCUCCUCUUCCGCGCCCUCAUCCCCGGGGCCAACGAGACCGACGCGCUCUUCCCGGGCAUCGCAUCUCGGAGCCUCGGGUCGGCCCAGACGCUGUUGGAGACGAGGACGGAGCACCUCGCGUGUUUCGCCGGUGGCAUGUUCGCCAUGGCUUCCCGAAUUUUCAACAACCCAGACGACUUUGAGGUCGGCGAACAAAUCACCAACGGCUGCGUGUGGGCGUACCAGAACAGCCCGUCGGGCAUCAUGCCGGAGACGCUCACGCUCCUGCCAUGUUCCGUCAACGACGGUCUCCAGUGCGACUGGGACGAUUCGUACUGGGGCGUGCAGAGCAACAGACCCGAGAACUGCAUGAACGGCUACUGUCAGUCGUCCCGGUACCCUCCCGGGUUUUUGCAAGUCAAGGACCCGUCGUACAAGUUGCGUCCCGAGGCGAUCGAGUCGGUGUUUGUCAUGUGGCGCAUGACGGGCGACGAAUACUGGCGAGAGGUCGGUUGGGAGAUGUUCCAGUCAAUCAUCGAACAUACCCGCUCCCCCUUUGGGCACGCCGCCCUGCUGAGUACCAUGGAGGUCUACCAGCGAGACACUUACGAGAGGGGUCUCAUGGUGAGGAAGGUGUUGGCCAGGCAGACGGAUGACAUGGAGAGUUUCUGGUUCGCCGAGACCCUCAAGUAUUUCUAUCUACUGUUUAGUGACCCCAGCUUGAUCAGUUUGGACGAGUGGGUUUUGAACACCGAGGCCCAUCCGUUUCGAUUGACCAGGGGAAUUCGAGGGUUUUGAUUAUGACAUUUGAUUCCGAACCACCAAUCACGACUUUUGAUUCCUACUUUGGAUCCUGAAUUUGGAUCACACAUCAAGAUGGCCCGGCAUUACAAGUCUGUUCCUCCCAUCUUCGAAUCAACAAUUCAGAACUGUAUCACCAUAUCCAGUCACCACCUUGUUGGUUCCGGCGGAAGAUUCGGUCUUGUAUGCCGAAUCACAAUAUCUUCCGACAUUCUUUUUGGAUUUCGUCAAAGGGUUCAUCGUCAGCGUCAUAGAGAGAGAGUCGAGAGAGUCCAGGGGGUUCUUCCAAAAAUUCAGGGGCAGGAGAAACAGGACUCACGGUACUCCCACGGCAAAAGGCGAUACAACAUCCAUCACCAGGUUCGGAUUCAUAAAUCCAUGAUUGAGCACCACCUGACCAACCGACCUUGUGACUUCCACUGUUUUUGGGGUUUGUCAGUCGGUCAUUCAGUCAGAAAUCCAAACAGAUUUUGCUUCAGAAUGAGGAUGACAAAGCAAGGGGGAACAAGGUCAACGGUAGAUCAAGAAAGAGCAGGGAUCGAAAAAUGGUUCAAAGUACUCAAAGAAGGGAAGGCAAAGAGUGAGAAGGAGAAAGAGUCAAGAGUGAAGAGAGACGAGUCAUCCAAAACUCACUCGGUUGUAAAAGUCGCCUGGUCACCUUGGAAGUUUGUCUUGCCGUACAAACUGAUUCGAUAAGUCGAGUCUGCGUUGACGUCGUCGCCGAAACACAACAACGCAACGACAGCGACGG